GAGGGCUGUUUGUCAUCACUCAAGGGCGUAGCCUAACACUAUGGAGCAUGACGCUCUCAUUCAGGAGCUCCCGGAAAUGGAGAACUGGCCGAUGCCGAAGCGUCUCAAGCUUGCCAAGAAACGGCGUCGAGAACAGCUACGGAAAUGGCGAGAACGAGAGGACGCGACCGAUGACGAAGCCGAGUAUGAGCUGCUGACCGAAUCGGGACCGAAAGUCAAGUUUCAGCCGUCAGUCGCGCUCUUGGAAUCGACUGCUCGAAACGACACGGCAGGAGUUAUCAAGCUUCUCGACGACGGCGUCGACCCGAACCUGUGCAAUUCCGACGGUCUGACAGCGCUGCAUCAGUGUUGCAUCGAAGAUUGUCCAAAGUUGGCCGAAAUUUUGUUGUCGUACGGAGCCAAUAUGAAUGCUCAGGAUAUCGAGUUAUGGACUCCGUUACACGCGGCAUCUCGAUGCGGACAUCUGGAUCUCGUAAAGUUGCUCAUCAGUCAAGGUGCCGAUAUAGCCAUACUCAAUAGCGAUAACCAAAUGCCGUACGAAAUAUCAGAAACGUCCUUUGUCUUGAAUGAACUACAAAAGGCAAUGCAACAGCAAGGGUACACAGCAGAGAAAAUCGAGGAGGUACGAAAUGCCGUUCCCAAUCAAAUGUUGCAGGAUGUGAGAGACUGUGUAGAGAACAAUUUGGAACUUGAUCUUGAGGACGAGAAUGGUGCCACUAUUUUGCACAUCGCUGCGGCAAAUGGAUUUUAUCAAGUGGCAGAACUACUGCUAGAAAACGGUGCGAAUGUCGAUGCACAAGAUGAUGAGGGAUGGACACCACUACAUGGAGCAUCAUGCUGGGGACAGUAUGAAAUGAUUAUAUUGCUGGUCGAAAAUGGUGCCAGCUUGGAGAUGCGCACAAAUGACAAUGAAACACCAGUCAUGCUUGCAGGAGACCAAAACAUCACUCUCCUGCUUCACGACCUACGAACGAAACAGUUGGAGAAAGAAAUCCACAAGAAGUCCCACCAAAGGAGCAGAACGUACAGCUCAUCGUCACGAGGUCAUUCAGUAAGACGAGACAGCAUGAAAGUGAAAUCGUCGUUUUCAAAACGAGAUGCAAUGGCAGAAGGCAGACAUAUGAUAGUCGAUGAGGUCGAAGAGGGCGGCAACGGAUUUCCAAGACCAAUUGGUAGCGAUUCAGAUCCAUCCGUUUUCAGUUCUGGUUCUUAUGAGCACAACAAGUCGUCACUGCAGAGGAAGCCAACCGGGAGAAUACCAGAAGGAGAAAGGCUAGCUGCUGAGAAUCAGACCAUGAGUGAGGACGAGAAUGACCCCAAUGAGGUCGAGCAUGUCUCGGCAGAUCCAAUUCCCAGGGACACCACGAUCACCACUAUACGCUCAAACAAACAACUCGUAGAAACUCCAGAAAAGCGAGAACGAAGUACGACCUUCAAUCGCCGGAAAAUCAACAACCAGAGGGGCAAUGACUGUUGCAACAUACUCUAAGUAACUCGCUGCAAAAACAGGCAUUGUUUGCCAGCAGGCUUGGACUUAAUCUAGUUUUAUACCUGUUGCUGCUGUAUAUCCUUGUUUCAACGUUUAGUUUUAUCAGACAGCUCAAAGUAGAAUACAUUGUUUUAAAUAAACAAAAGCACACGAGCA